UAUUAACACUCACUAUCGAUAACAAGCAAUAUAAUGAGGCAAUCAAGAUGACUAGGAACAUAAUCCAUGUCUGUUUGAGGAUACCUGAUUAUGCUCUCCUCAAAGAGUAUUACAAGAAGGGAGGAAAACUCUGAUUCAAGAUAAACAGAUACUCAGAAGCUAUACAGUUCUAUGAGCCUUUAAGGAACAUGUGCAAAACAACCAAGGAUUCAGAUUGUGUACUGUUCUCUUUGUUAAAGAUUGGAGAGGCAUACCAGGCCAUCAAGAAGUAUGAUCAAGCAAUCUUUGCAUUCAAGAAACUCCUUCAGUUUGGAUGGAAGUAUGAUAACUACAAGUAUGAAAUCAAAGCUUAUGAAAGACUAUGCAUGCAGUAUUUCUUUAAGUCAGAUUCUGAAAAAUGAUUCUUUUAUCACAAUAGGGCAGGCGAAGGCAAAUGUGAAGAGAAAUAAAUAGCUACAUUAGAUAUCUAAACGAAGCAAAUCUUUAUAAAUAAAGAAAGAGAACAUUACUUCACUUUUGGAGAACUAAAAAUGCAUGAUUAUGAAGAAGGAAUAAAACGAUUGGCUAACGAUAUAAAUUUCUGCUCUAUUCUGUAUAAGCAUUCAUGCAACAAUUUCAAUGAAUUACCAAAGCCUACAUCUUCUCCACUAGCUUUGUCCUCCUUCACUGAACAGACUGGUGUCCAAGUUCUUUUAAGGAUAUAGACACCCCAAUCGAAAGAAUUGCCAAAAUAGAAGCUCCAUCACCAACCUUAUCUAAGAAGUUGAAAGACCGUAAAGCGAAAUUCAAGCUACUCCCAGAUGAAACUGCUCCUCCCCAAAGAACAUGUGACCAGGAUGAUAAGUUCAAAGUAGAGCUGACUCCAAUCGAAAAGAAAAGACUAUAUUUCCGAAAGUACAUCCGUACAGUCACUAACAACUCUUCAAAACUAAAAAAACGGAACAACUCCACAUCCUAACCCCCCUACCCCCUUGCUAACCCUAAAAUCCCUAAAAAUCUGACCUUAAGCACACUUCAGAUCUCCCGUUUCUUCC